CCUGACGGGGUUUGGAAAGCGUAGCCAGGAUCAAUCGUUCGCUCCAGUAUGACCUGCUUCGCCCAGCUGCUUUGCUCAGCUCGGGGCACGGCAGACAGGCACGGCCAAACAGCGAGGCGGUUGAGCAUAUGAUUCAAUACAAUUGAUUGAACGACAAUGGCGUGCGGUAAUUGCUACCACUCGUCUUCUUUCACAGAGACAACCAAGCUUUACGAAACUACCAUCAUGUCUGCCAACACCGAGCAUAUUGACAACCCGCCCGUGGAGUCGGGCAUCCAGGGUGACAUCACCGACGCCGACAUCGACUCGAACUGGUUCGAGGUUGUCGAGUCGUUCGACGACAUGGGCCUCCAGGAGAACCUCCUCCGUGGCAUCUACGCCUACGGUUUCGAGCGCCCGUCUGCUAUUCAGCAGCGCGCGAUUGUGCCGGUUCUGACUGGCCGUGACGUCAUUGCCCAGGCUCAGUCCGGUACCGGUAAGACGGCGACGUUCACGAUCUCGAUCCUCCAGUCUGUGGACACCUCGCUCAACGAGACGCAGGCUCUUGUGCUCGCGCCGACGCGCGAGCUUGCCACGCAGAUUCAGUCGGUGAUGAUCGCGCUGGGCGACUACAUGUCGACGACUGUGCACGCGUGCAUCGGUGGUACGCUGGUGCGCGAGGACAUGCGCACGCUCGAGCAGGGCAUCCACAUCAUUGUGGGUACGCCCGGCCGUGUGUUCGACAUGAUCAACCGCCGCGCGCUCCGCGUCGACCACCUCAAGAUGUUUGUGCUCGAUGAGGCUGAUGAGAUGCUCUCGCGUGGCUUCAAGGACCAGAUCUAUGACAUCUUCUGCCUGCUCCCGUCCAAGGUCCAGGUUGUCCUCCUCUCGGCCACCAUGCCGCUCGAUGUGCUCGAGGUGACGCAGCGCUUCAUGCGCGACCCGAUCCGGAUCCUCGUCAAGCGCGACGAGCUGACCCUUGAGGGUAUCAAGCAGUUCUACGUCGCCGUCGAGCGCGAGGAGUGGAAGCUCGACACGCUCUGCGACCUGUACGAGACGCUGACCAUCACCCAGGCCGUCAUCUUCGUCAACACCCGCCGCAAGGUCGACUGGCUCACCAACAUGAUGACCGAGCGCGACUUUACCGUCUCGUCGAUGCACGGUGACAUGGAGCAGCGCGAGCGUGACCUCAUCAUGCAGGAGUUCCGCACCGGCUCGUCGCGUGUCCUCAUCACCACCGAUCUGCUCGCCCGUGGUAUCGAUGUCCAGCAGGUUUCGCUCGUCAUCAACUUUGACCUCCCGUCGAACCGCGAGAACUACGUGCACCGCAUCGGCCGCGGUGGUCGUUUCGGCCGUAAGGGUGUCGCCAUCAACUUUGUCACCAACGAUGACGUCCGCAUCCUGCGCGACCUCGAGGCUUUCUACUCGACCUCGAUCGAGGAGAUGCCCGCCACUGUUGCCGACCUCAUCUCGUAA